AGGGGCGUGGUUUGGAAGCCUUUCGGCGGGAAGCGCUAAUGGCGGCACCCGGUACGGGGAAGUUGCUUGAAGGAGGGAAAGAAGGCGGGAGCGCUGCUGAUGUCGCCUCUACUUCUACUUCUCCCGCCGGGAGCGGCCAUUAUGAAUUGCCCUGGGUUGAAAAAUACAGGCCAAUGAAGAUGUUGGAAAUUGUUGGCAAUGAAGACACUGUUAGCAGAUUAGAGGUGUUUGCAAGAGAAGGAAAUGUUCCAAAUAUUAUUAUUGCUGGCCCACCAGGAACCGGUAAAACCACCAGCAUCCUUUGUCUGGCUCGUGCACUUCUGGGCUCUGCAUUGAAAGAUGCCGUUUUGGAGCUCAACGCAUCAAAUGACAGAGGCAUUGACGUUGUCAGGAACAAAAUCAAGAUGUUUGCACAACAAAAAGUGACACUUCCAAAAGGCCGACAUAAAAUAAUUAUCUUGGAUGAAGCAGACAGCAUGACAGAUGGAGCCCAGCAAGCCUUGAGACGCACUAUGGAAAUUUAUUCUAAAACAACUCGUUUUGCUCUGGCUUGCAAUGCUUCUGACAAAAUCAUAGAACCCAUCCAGUCUCGCUGUGCAGUUCUGCGAUACACUAAGCUAACAGAUGCCCAGAUUCUUAUGAGGCUAAUGAAAAUCAUUGCGAAGGAGAAUGUACAAUAUACAGAUGAUGGUCUAGAAGCCAUUAUCUUCACAGCCCAGGGAGACAUGAGGCAGGUGAGUAAUGUCUUCCUGCAGCUUCUUUAAUUCUGUCAGUAUCCA